AUGGCGACUGCAGACGUCUCACCACCAGUCCCGCUCCGACAGCGGGUGGUCUCGAUCUGGCGGUCCAUCCCCUUCCAGAUCGCCAUCGCCAGCGGAGUCUCCUUCACGGCUCCCGGUAUGUGGGAUGCGCUGAACAACCUGGGCGCUGGCGGUGCCGCCAAGCCCUAUGCCGUCUCCGCGGCCAAUGCCGUCCUGUACGCCCUGUUCGCCGUGGUCUGCGUGGCGGCCGGUGCCAUCAACAACCGCAUCGGCCUGCGGUUUGGCUUGGCGCUCGGCAGUAUCGGCUAUCCGAUUUAUGGUGCCGGACUGUACACCAAUAAUUACUCGCCCACCACCUGGUUCCUGUUGUUUGGUAGCGCCUUGUGCGGCCUGUCCGCCGCCUUUUUCUGGGCCGCCGAGGCCGCCAUCAUCAUCGGAUACCCCAGCCCGAGAGACCGCGGGUUCUAUCUGGCCAUCUGGCAAACGGCCAAAGCCGCUGGCCCCAUCGUCGGCGGUGCCAUUAACCUCGGUCUCAAUGCCCGGACAUCCACCCAAGGCUCGGUCAGUGCGGGCACCUACAUCGUCUUCAUCGUCAUCAUGUGCCUGGGCCUGCCGAUCGCCCUCUUUCUCAGCCCGGCGGAGAAGGUGCAGCGGAAAGACAAAACCCUCAUCGUCGUCCAGCGGCAGACCUCGUGGCUGGCCGAAUUCCAGGCCGUCUUUUCGUUGCUGGUCAGCCGCCGCAUCCUCCUGCUGCUGCCCGCCUUCUUCAUCAGUUACUUCUACAACGGCUUCCUCAGCACCUGGCUGACCACGUACUUUACCGUGCGCUCUCGUGCCUUCUCGUCGUUCUUCUCCAACUUUGCGGGCAUCUUCUCCUCCUUCAUGAUCGCCAGUCUGCUGGAUCGGCAAUCCAUUCACAUCAAGACGCGCGCCCGCGUGGCCUUCUCGGCCAUCGUCCUGGUCCUGACCGGCACGUGGAUCUGGGCGACCAUCCUCCAGUAUCAAUUCUACUACGAGUAUCCUGAGUCCCCGGUCUUCGAUUGGUUCCAGGGCGGCUUCGGCAAAUCCUACGCGCUCGUCUUCUUCUGGAACUUUGGCGGUCAGGCGUUCCAACAAUUCCUCUAUUGGCUGGUGGGCCAGUACGCCACCGACAUCUCGUCGCUGUCCCACCACUGCGGGAUUCUCCGAGGCUUUGAGGCGCUCGGCCAGACCGUCGCUUGGGCGAUGCAAUCAGAAGGCAACGCGAACCACUUUGUGAGCAUCGGUCUCAACUUUGGCAUUACCAUCCUCUGCAUCAUCCCCACGUGGAUUAUUAUCUCGGAGCUGGAGCACAGCCAUGAGAUCGAAGUGGUCGCCGAGGAUACCAAGCCCGUUGGCGACCCUGACACGUCCGUCUAA